GUUCACAAUUUAAAAGGGAAAAAAAGAUUACCACACACGUCUGUACGUGUAAUCUGCACACGUGCCAAUUUUGAUCCGAACUCCUCCAAUGAUGAUACCGAUGAUUCUCACCAGCGCUAAAAGAAGAUGAGGACGUUUCUCCUAUUUUGCCUCCUUUCAGUCUGUGAGUCUGCUGCUUCACCAGUGGUGGGAGUCCAAGGUCAGAAUGUCACGCUAAAGUGCACGUACAACGUCAAAAAAAACAGUUAUAAGCCGGCCUGCUGGACACGCGGACCUCUGCCUACAUUUGGCUGCGGCGAAACCAUCGUCAGGACUGAUGGCUACAUUGUGACGAAAGAAAGUGACAGAUAUAGGCUCUGGGGUCGACUGCAAGACGGAGAUGUCUCGUUGACCAUCCUGAACGUGAAGAAGGAGGAUACUGCGAUGUACAGCUGCAGGGUGGAGAUUUUUGGUCUAUUCAAUGAUGAGAAACACACCAUCAAGCUGAUUGUAGAGGACGCUUCUGACAGCACCAGUUUCAAGACAUCUACGCUGAGCGACGCCAUUAUCCGUGCGACAUACGCUCCGACGACCUCUUUAGAAGGCCUUCAAAAUUCCUCAUCAAUCACCACUAUGACUAAAAACAAGCAACGCAGCAUCUCAAAGUUGAUUAUUCUGCUGGGGGUACUCUUUGGGCUGAUUUUCGUCCUGACAGUAGCUGUUAUUGUCCGCAUCUUCGGUGGAAGAUGGCAGAGAAUGACUAAAAUUCAUCAGCAGCGUCCGUCUGACCAUUCGGUGCGCUUCAGCUCCACUUCGUCAUCUCUGCACAUCUACCAGCAAGCUACAGCUGUAAACAAUAUCUACCAGAUGGAAGAGAGUGAAUACGACUAUAUACGCUGACGCUUCCUCGGCUUCUGCAUUGUCCUUGUUCCAAACUUCAGAACGCUUAAUUUCACAAUUCCAAAAGCAACUGCAGGAAUUCUGGUUUCCGACCGUCCCACACACACUUGAUACAAACAUUAAAAAAACAACAACUUUACAUUACCUGGAUCAUGGAUAUGCCUUUAAGAGGCAGGACCUGCUGGGGUGGCAUGACAUGUGUAAGCAGUGGUCGAGAGCAGCUCCUGCACCAGUAUUUUUAUACGCUUCCCCUGAUGCAGUGACGUGCGGUCAGGGGAGGCAGCAUCAUGACAAAAAAAUAAUUAUAGCAUCAAAUUUAUAUGAAUAUUUGUCCAUUGCUCUUUAUGUAUGACUCAUUUCAAACAUGUUUUAUAGUCAAAAUCGCUGAAUUUGCCUAUUUCCUGUUCAAAUAAAGAAAUGAAACGAGAGGUGCGGCAGCAACGAGUAAAGCCUCACCUCUGAUUGCGCAAUCCAUUACAAACUUGGUUGAUACAUGGAAUUGGAGCGUGCUGGUUGCCGUACAUCUGCAUGUCGCCAUUAUAAUGUUUCCAGAUACGUUUAUUUGACCUGAUUUUCCACAGUCUGGCUAAUGUCUUUAUCCCUCAAAGUUUAAUGUUUGUUAGCGGCAUAUUUAGUUUUGCUGAUGGGAAAUAAAACCGCAGUGAAAAGGCACAGAUUGCGGCAGAUAGUGCUCUGCCGCACUGCAAGGGGGCGUACGUGAAACUGGACUUUCCGUUAAAUGUGGACGCGGUUAACACAACACCGGAGCUAAAGGGUGUGCUUCAAACUACGGGACAGAAGAUAACUCGCGCUUUUCAAACGGACUGGUACACCCGAAAAGACUGGCUAUGUGGCUGUCCUUCGAAAAAUCGCCUUUGCUGCUUUCCCUGCCUUUUCUUCUCAACUUGUGCCAAUGUCUGGACUAACACGAGAUAUUGUGACAUUAAAAAACUACCACGAAGCCUCAGCAAACAUGAGAGCUCGACCACUCACAUUCAAAGCCUGAUUGCUUUAAAAACUUUUGGAAGCUCAAGGAUCGAUUUGGCUUUGACGAACAGCGGAAGCUCAACGGUAGCAUCCUCAAAGCUAAGGUAAAGAAAAGAGUUUGAAAGACCUCAUUAAUGCAACCUGCAUCCUAGCUAAACAGGAGUUAACAUUUCGUGGUAACGAUGAGCGUGUAAGCUCUUCUAAACGUGGCAUAUAUGUAGAACGAUUACAUGGGUUUGCUGAGAAAGAUGAAAGGUUAGCUAGACUUUUGGACACAUCCACUGUGUUUUCUGGCUUGUCAAAUAGAACACAGAACGAUCUAAUUGAAGCAAUCCUCUCCAUUGAGGCGGAGAGAUUUUUUUUUAAAGUAAAGGAAAAUAAGGAGGACUUUUACAAAAAGGGCUGGGUUUGCAUAGGGACGGUAGGGACAUAACACUACCAACUUUUCAGGAUGCUAAAAUUGUCCCCACCAACUUUUAAGCAACCUUACCUUUUUUGCAUGAUAUAAUGUUCAGUUAUAUAGAGAAUUUAGAUCUUUCAAUAGUUCCAUAUGUUGUAAGGAUAGAAUUGACCCUACCAUUAUUAAGUGAAUUAUUUUCAUUAUGUUUAUGUUUGCUAAUAAAAACCAGACAUUUAUUGAGGAAGUUUUCAAAAUGUUUCUUUAGUAUUUUUUGAAAACAAAGGUUUGAAUCGAACAGUGUAUCAUCUGAACCAAUGCAUGUAAAAGUUAUAAUCAGAAGAUAAGGAUUUAUUUUGCAUUGAUCAGAUACAUGAGAAAUGUGGCCCUUUGCCCCCUUCAUCAAAUCUGUUUGGUCUAAUUAAUGUCCCGUGCUGUUAUAUCGUCCCUACGAAUGUUGAUACCAAACCUAUGCCCUUCCAAAGUAAAGCCGGUUUUUGUGGUGAAGGACAGGCGCAAGAGCACAAACAGUUUUCAUUUCAAUCUUAUUUAAAAAAAAAUUUUUUUGAAGAGCUUAGACCAAGAAAAAUACAAUAGAAUAUUUAAAAACUAAAUUUUGGCCUUAAAUAAAGUAUUCUUUGUUUUUCUUUUCACACUUUUUGUUUAGCAAUCUGUAAUAAAUUGAUUAAAGUAUCAGAAUUAAAAGUUUUAAAAACAACUGAAUAUUUCACUAAAGGUCAGAAUUGAAUUCUGUGGUUUUGUACACCACUCUUUACUCUCAUUUAUGUUGCAUGAAUUAUAGAAUUGCGACGACCAACACAUUGAGGGUGUAGAGCAAAUGCAUGUUAUUUUCUUACUUUUACGUAUCGAUAAUAUGUAACCGUGUGUGCGUGUUUUGUGAAGAAUGCUGAUGAGAUAUGAAAUAACCAGUAGCCAAUUGAAUAAGCUACCCUUUUUGGUUUAUAUAUUUGGAAAUCUGACACUAAAGGAGUCAGUGCCUCACCAACCAUGAACCUCACCGCACGUCCCUGCCCUGAUGUUCAAUAAACGGCUGAAACUGUGGCUCUGCUUUCCCACAUGCAAGGGCAUUACAGGAAGUGUUUUCUGUAAAAAGCGUUAAAAAAUGCGUUAUCUUUCGCAGUCAAUAUUUAAAGGAAUGAGAGACAUUUAUAUUAUAAACUGUAACAUUUUAUUGAUGAACAAUUAGUGUAAAUUAAGAGAUUAAUUGAUUAGUUGCCAUAGACGGCGCUAGACGUCCAAUCCAUUUGAAGAGGAGGGGGGGGGCUGCGAGUGAA